AUGUCUAAGGAAGAAUCUCAAACGGCAACAAGCAUUGAUGACAAUGCAGACAGCGAUACUAAACAACCCGCUGAAACGGAAACUCCCUCCGACCAGCCAUCACUUUCUUCAGCGGCAGUGGCCUUCAUCCUCUUAGGACUGAGUUUGCCUGUUUUUCUCAUUGCCCUGGAUACUUCCAUUGUUGCUACAGCCAUUCCAUAUAUCACAGAUCGAUUCCAAUCCACAAAGGAUAUUGGGUGGUAUGGGAGUGCAUAUUUUCUUGCAUUAUGUUCACUACAGCCGCUGAGUGGCAAACUCUACGCAACAUUUUCUCUGAAAUGGACAUUCCUCACCUUCUUUGCCGUCUUUGAGCUCGGUUCUCUACUAUGUGCCACGGCUACGAGCUCUAACAUGUUUAUCGGCGGGCGUGCUGUUGCAGGAGCCGGAGGAGCAGGCAUCGUAUCUGGUGCUUUUUCUAUCGUCGCAUUCAUUGCUCCGCUUGAGAAAAGACCACUGUAUAUUGGGUUUAUAUCCUCAUUCUUCGGCGUUGCCACUGUGAUUGGCCCUUUGAUCGGAGGAGCCUUUACAGAACACGUAUCGUGGCGAUGGUGUUUCUAUAUCAACCUGCCCAUCGGUGCAGUAGCCGGCCUAGUGUUGGUCGUAUUCUUUAAUCCACCUACUAGAGAUAUAGAAACCGAGCCCAUCAAGCACCGUAUCAAGGCUCUCGACCUUAUCGGUGCGUCUCUCUUCAUUCCGGCAAUCUUGAUGGCCCUACUUGCACUACAAUGGGGAGGCUCUACGUACCCCUGGAAGUCAGCGAAAAUAAUUGGGCUUUUCCUCGGAUUCGGAGGUCUCUGUGUGGUCUUCGUCCUUUGGCAGAUUUACAAAGGCGAAGAAGCCAUGCUACCUAUGUCCAUACUCGUCAACCGCACUGUUACUUUCAGCAGCCUCACUCUAGGAUUUGCAUAUGGAGCAAUAUUCUCAGUCGUGUAUUAUCUUCCAGAGUGGUUCCAAGUCGUCAAAGGAGCAGGUCCGAUCAGAAGCGGCGUCAUGAGCCUCCCAACCUUUGUUCCACAAAUCGCCGCCGCUCUCCUGUCUGGAGCAUUGGCUCCUAAAUUGGGUCCCCUGAACCCCUGGGUCUACAUUGGUUGCGCUUUCAUGGCUAUAGGCAUUGGACUCUACGGUACAUUCGACCUCAACACAUCGGACGCGCACUGGAUUGGAUACCAAAUCCUGCCAGGUAUAGGGUUUGGCAUGAUGGCUCAAAUGCCCGUUGUAGCGGUGCAAGCCACCUUGCCAACUUCCCAGAGUCCUCUCGGCGUUUCUACAGCCACUUUCUCUCAAUUCUUUGGCAGCGCCAUUUUCCUAGCGGUUGCGCAGGCUAUAUUUGCCAAUAUCUUCAUUGAUAAGUUGACGGUGGAUAUCCCCGGUGUUGACUUACAGAGCCUGCUCGCUAGUGGCUCAGGAGCUAUUCGCAAACUGGUGCCUCCAGAUGAUUUGCCAGUUGUUCUGGGCGCGUUUAAUCAGGCUCUUGUAGGUACAUUCUAUCUCUCUGCGGGCGCGUCUGCAGCUGCGGUUUUGAUAUCAUUUGGGAUACCCUGGAUCAAUAUCAAGGGAAAGAAUUUGACAAUUGAACCUGGUGCAUGA